AUGAUUCACAAAAUACCACUUGUAUUCGGUGUAACAUGGCUUUACCUUGGUGGCGCACUUGCUAAACACAACUGCGACAACAGACUCUGCAUGACAUCUUUCCGCUGGUGCGACUCAAGCCCGUGUAAUUUCCCCAACAAUAUCCUCUCGAUACACAGCGACCUCGACGACCGUAAUACUGGGUACGGCGUCAUCCUUGGCACUGGCGAGUACAACAUCACCUGGAUUCACGCCGACUCGGAUUAUCCGGUUUCAAUUGAGUGGCGGUUCCUUGUAGGCGAGACAGAGCCUGACUACGGCGGAAAAACUCUUUCCUGGGGAGUCAACACAACGGAUAGUCACUAUGUCUUCAAACCUUACGACCUAUUCGCCAAGAUGGCAUCCUCCCCCAAAUUCAACCUGACACAAACCGAAAUCCGUAGUCUCGCCAGCGGCAUGAUCAACGUCAUUUUCAUCAGACAACCAGGAAAGGGUGACGCUCAGGAUGGCUGGCAGGACGUGAGCUCCCAGUUCUCGGUGCAGAACGGAUGGGCUAUUACAGCUGCCCAAGCACAGUAUGACAUUGGAAAGAAGAAGGAGGCCGACAGGUGGAAGCUGGGUAUCGGUAUCGGUGUAGGUCUUGGAGUUCCGUUCGUGAUGACUGUUACUGGGCUUCUGACGUGGUGGUUUACCAAGAAGAGGUUAACGUCAGAAGCCCCCAAGACUACAGCUUAAAAUCCGAAAACACUAGGUAGCUAAUCACAGGUUAUGUGUGGUUGCGUGGUAUAGCUAGCUAUAUGUGCUUUAUCAAGUUCUUACGAGUUAGUUCCA